UUUCAAGACUUACAAACAUGACAUUUUAACUGCUAAUCUCAGCAAAUUCUUGUAAAUUAAACACUAAUCAGACGAAAAUUGUAUACUCUGACUUCCCUUGCGAACGUUUUAAUAAAAUUUGGCUUGUUUCAAUAAUUGUUUGUUUUUAUCGCUGCCCCAUGACAGUGUUACUAUUUAUAUCCAAAGGGGGAAACCAAUAGAGCGAGCUGUUCUGACGAAAACAGUGACAGCUUGGUACUGCCAUGUUGUCCUCUGGCCUGCCAUUGGCUGUCGGCGGAGCCAUGGACUCAAGCGAACCGUGGACACCGAUGCUAUUUUUAGUAACUCCACGUGUUUUCUGGCUGCCUGGCUGAACCACGUCAACAGAACCAUGCCGGUGACCGCUGAUAUUGCACAAACCAUGGACACACACACACACACUCAUGCACACACUGCCGCUAUAUAUACAGGGCUUGCCGCACAAAUGUUCCAUCAUCUCAAACGAUCGACACCGUACAGUUCGCAUCGCUAAAACUGAAUAAGUUUUGGAUUGUCCUUCACUUUCAGUCACAGUUGACUACAGCAGUUCUCCAACUCACAUAGAUCUACCCCCACAGUGAGACAGAAGGAUACAUCAUCAGUAUCACGUUUGUGUUUUUCAUCUAGAGGACGUAGAUAUAUCUAGAAGAUCUCCAAGAAAAUUGAACAGUUGGGUGACUACGAAAUUCAGCCAGUAAACGUGUAGUGUACCACAGAAGGAAAACGUGUGACACAUUUAAUAUAUAGGACUUCUACACAACGGCUACACUCUACACACCGGCAACAUGGGUCUGUUCCUAGCCAAGCUGCACGAGGCGUUGACGAGUUUCUCCAGUGGGCCGCCCACCCGGGUCCUCAUGCUGGGGCUAGACGCUGCUGGGAAGACCACCAUCUUGUACAAGGUUGCUGUUUAUCGUGGACAGCGCUGACACCGCCCGGAUGUCGGAGGCCAGGGAGGAACUGUUCGGCAUCAUCAAGUCUCCCGAGAUGUACCGAGUGCCCGUGGUGGUCGUGGCCAACAAACAGGACCUGCCUGGAGCACUGACCACGUCACAGAUCGCUGACCAGCUGGGUCUCACUGACGUCACCGACCGGAAGUGGUUCGUGCAAGGAGCAUGCGCCCCCAACGGAGAAGGGAUCUACGAGUCCAUGCACGAGAUGGCGAGACUGGUGAAAGAGUUUCAGAGGAGUUGAGUUAGCAAAUUAGGGGAGAUAGAG